UCCUGAAGGUCGCUGGGAGACAAUACCCUGGGUAUUAUUAUGGGAAACGACUAAGAAUAGAUAACGAAAGUAAGGUGGCUGUCGUGCCUGUGGUUUGUGUUUGGAUCAGACGAGCCAAAACGGAAGAUUUGUCUAUAGAAGUGUUACAGUUGUGAAGAUAAUGUUCUUGGUGAGAAGGGCACGCAAGUGAAAGAGCGGGACACAUGGUAAAACGUCAGAGGUUUAUCAGUCUGUCUAUCUUCAUGGUAGUUAAGUAUUGGAGUUGAAGGCCUAAAUAAAGAAUACCUAUUUUGUAUGCUGUUCAUAAAUGGAGACUUACUGUUCUACUGUAUUUUAUUCCAGAUUUUAUAAGCCAUGAUCCCCAUCACUGAGCUGCGUUACUUUGUAGACUGCCAGCCGGCCUACCGCAUCCUGAAGCCAUGGUGGGACGUCUUCACCGACUACAUCUCCAUCGUCAUGCUCAUGAUCGCCGUGUUCGGGGGCACUCUGCAGGUCACCCAGGACAAGAUGAUCUGCCUGCCCUGCAAGUGGGUGGUCAACCAUACCUGCAGGAGGUAUUUCAACACUACUCUGUCGGCCCCGCUCUUGUUGGAGCCCAAAGGGAUCCAAUACAACCUGGAUCGCCACCAGUACAACUACGUAGACGCUGUGUGCUAUGAGAACCGCCUGCACUGGUUCGCCAAGUACUUCCCCUACCUGGUGCUACUGCACACCCUCAUCUUCCUGGCCUGCAGUAACUUCUGGUUCAAGUUCCCCCGGACUAGCUCCAAACUGGAGCACUUUGUGUCCAUCUUACUCAAGUGUUUUGACUCUCCCUGGACCACCAGGGCUCUGUCUGAGACGGUGGUGGAGGAGCGCGACCCCAAGCCCCACAAGAUGAACGGCUCCAUGGAUAAGAAGGCGUCGUGUGUCAGCGAGGACGUGGAGGCCAGCGUCCCCAUGCUCCAAAAGACAAAGUCUCGCCUGGAGCAAGGGAUCGUGGACCGCACUGAGACAGGCGUCCUGGAUAAGAAAGAGGGCGAACAGGCAAAAGCUCUGUUUGAAAAGGUGAAAAAGUUCCGCAUACACGUGGAAGAGGGAGACAUUGUGUACAGGCUCUACAUCCGACAGACUAUUAUCAAAGUCAUUAAGUUCAUUUUUAUUAUCUGCUAUACGGGGUAUUAUGUGCACAAUAUUCAGUUCAGUGUGGACUGUAGUGUGGAUAUAGAGAGCCUCACAGGGUACAGCAUGUAUCGUUGUGCCCAUCCUCUGGCCACUCUGUUCAAGAUCCUAGCCUGUGUCUACAUCAGCUUAGUGGGGGUUUACGGCUUAAUUUGCAUGUACACUCUCUGUUGGAUGCUGCGGCGCUCGCUGAAGAAAUACUCCUUCGAGUCGAUACGAGAGGAGAGCAGUUACAGCGACAUACCGGACGUGAAGAACGACUUUGCUUUCAUGCUGCACAUGAUUGACCAGUACGACCCUCUGUACUCCAAACGCUUUGCUGUCUUCCUGUCCGAGGUGAGCGAGAACAAGCUGCGGCAGCUCAACCUGAACAACGAGUGGACUCUGGACAAACUGAGGCAGAGAAUCACCAAUAACUCCCAGGAGAAGUUGGAGCUGCACCUCUUCAUGCUGAGUGGCAUCCCAGACACAGUGUUUGACCUGAUGGAGCUGGAGGUGCUGAAGCUGGAGCUCAUUCCAGACAUUACCAUCCCUCCUAUCAUCGCCCAGCUGGUCAACCUGAAGGAGAUGUGGCUGUACCAUACCCCGGCUAAGAUCGAGGCUCCCGCCUUGGCCUUCCUCAGGGAAAACCUCAAGUCCCUCCACAUCAAGUUCACCGACAUCAAGGAGAUCCCUCUGUGGAUCUACAGCCUGAAGAACCUGAGCGAGCUGCACCUGACGGGGAACCUGAGUGCAGAGAACAACCGAUACAUUGUUAUUGAUGGGCUACGGGAGCUGAAGAGGCUCAAGGUGCUCCGGCUGAAGAGUAACUUGACCAAGCUACCUCAGGUGGUGACGGACGUGGGGGUGCACCUCCAGAAGCUGUCAGUCAACAACGAGGGCACCAAGCUGAUGGUCCUCAACAGCCUGAAGAAAAUGGUGAACCUGACUGAACUGGAGCUGAUCCGCUGUGACUUAGAACGCAUCCCACACUCCAUCUUCAGCCUGCACAACUUGCAGGAGAUUGACCUCAAGGACAACAACCUGAAGACCAUCGAGGAGAUCAUCAGCUUCCAGCACCUGCACCGGCUAGUCUGCCUUAAGCUCUGGUACAACCAGAUCGCCUACAUUCCCAUCCAGAUCGGCACCCUCAACAACAUGGAACGGCUCUAUCUGAACAGGAACAAGAUCGAUAAGAUCCCCAGCCAGCUGUUCUACUGUCGGAAGCUACGCUUCCUGGACCUGAGCCACAACAACCUCACCUACAUCCCAGCAGACGUGGGGUACCUGCAGAACCUCCAGUACCUGGUAGUCACUGCUAACAGAAUUGAGGCCCUGCCCAACGAGCUGUUCCAGUGUAAGAAGCUCCGUACUCUGAACCUGGGUAACAACUGCCUGACGUCUCUGCCAUCACGCUUCGGGGAGCUGACGGCCCUGACCCAGCUGGAGCUGAGGGGGAAUAGACUGGACUGUCUGCCCGUGGAGCUGGGGGAAUGCAGGCAGUUGAAGAAGACGGGCCUGGUGGUGGAGGAGGACCUCUUCAACACCCUGCCCACCGAGGUGAAGGAGCAGCUGUGGAAGGUGGACAAGGAGACUGCCUGAGUAGAUAGGGGGUUGGGGGAUGGUAACUUAGUCGAAACGGACACAGGCCGGACACCUGGAGGACUGAAGAGGAAUAGAGAGGACUACACAGACUCGGACAGCUCGCUAACAGCUCACUCUGACUGUACUCUACUCUACUGCAGGGAUGCUUUUCAAAGGGAAUCAAAGUCCCACCGCCAUGCCACUUUUUUUUCCAGAUGUAAAAAAAUAUACAGAAAAGUCUGCCAUGGGAUACAGUGCGUGCGUUGAACAAGAUGAGAGAUGUCAGCUCGAAUGUGUUGCACGUGAGGAUACAAAAUGCAAAUGCCAUAUUUCUGUAAGAGAAGGGACUCUGCAGGUGGGCAGUGUAAUUGUCAUUAAGGCAGGGUAUAUUAUCCUGUUACAUACAGUACAAUAGGCCCCCCUUGAUAGAUUCUAGUCCAUAGGGUGCUAAGUGGCAAUAGUUAGUUGCCCACUCUCAGUAUGUGCCAUGAGAGAUGGUGUAUAGCUACUGUCCGCAAUGACAGGAGGAAGAAGCUCCAUUAAAGGAGGAUUCUCCAAGAUCUCUGGCCCUGUGCUCAUUACUCUAGUGUGUGUGUGUGAUCCAUUACAUUCAUAACAGAACAUAUCUUAAAUGGGGGAUUUUCCACUCAAAAUUGGACGGACCUAGCUGAAUUUGUCAAUCAAAUAAUGUUGUAGCGGCCAGGUAUUUAUUCCUUGCUCACUGACUGACAUUUUAGUUAACAUGUUUAUAAAGUGUCCGUAGACAUGGUAUAUUGGCCAUAUACCACACCCCCUCGGGCCUUAUUGCUUAAAUACACCAGUGUUUUGUUUUUUUUCUCCAGUGGCAAUUCGACAAAUUGUUGUUUAAUCAGUAAGUUAUGUCAAAGUAAACGUAGCCGACAACUGCUAUACAAUCCAUUUAUAUUACUCCUCCUAUGCAUCAGCACUGGAAUGUGCUGCUUAAAUUAGAUACGAUGUCUGUAACAGCUGAGGUAUGGGGCUGGAGAAUUGUAACCACUCAAAUUCAUUGGCGGAGCCAUGCAACUAUGGACUAAGCAUUCUCAGUCUCAAUGGAAAUUCUCCUUUUGAAAGAGGUUUUUAUUCCAGGACUAAACUUAAUCUGAGUUAUAUUAUUCAAGAAUCAAUGGGUGUAUAUAUCAUUCAUUUAUAAGUCCACAAAUAGAUAUAGCAAUUACAGAUAGACCCUUUCCUCAGCAAUCCACUGCUGAAGACAUUGACAAUCAACUCUUAUUUUAUGGUGUUAUCUCAGACAUACUUGUCUCUUAAUGGAAUUAUGCAAAUAUUCAUGCUAGACUAAAUAGUGAGACAAGACUAACAGAAGGGAUCUGUUUCUUAGACACAGGCCUAAAAAGCAUUCUCAGUCUCAAAGGAAAUUCUGCUUUGAAAUAGGUUUUUAUUCCAGGACUAAACUUAAUCUGUGUCUUGGAAUUGGAGUUAUAUUAUCCAAGAAUUAAUUUAACUCCAAAAAUGGAUAACAAUUGCAGAUAACAUCCCAAACCCCACUGCCACCAUGGGGCACUCUUCACAACGUUGACAUCCCCAAACCACUCGCCCACAGGACGCCAUACAUGUGGUCUGGGGUUCUCAGCCUGGUUGGACCUACUGCCAAAUUCUCUAAAAUGACAUUGGAGGUGGCUUAUGGUAGAGAAAUGAACAUUCUCUGGCAACAGCUCUGGUGGACAUUCCUGCAGUCAGCAUGCCAAUUGCACGCUCCCUCAACUUGAGACGUCUAUUGCAUUGUGUUGUGACAAAACUGCACAUUUUAGAGUGGCCUUUUAUUGUCCCCAGCGCAAGGUGCACUGGUGUAAUGAUCAUGCUGUUUAAUCAGCUUCUUGAUAUGCCACACCUGUCAGGUGGAUGGAUUAUCUUGACAAAGGAGAAAUGCUCACUAACAAGGAUGUAAUCAAAUUUCUGCAUAAAAAAAAUAUGGAACAUUUCUGGGAUCUUUUUAUUUCAACUCAUGAAACAUGGGACCAACACUGCAUCUUGCAUUUAUAUUUCUGUUCAGUGCAUUAACAAUAGCUACCUGGAUGGCAUCAGCAUUAUCUGGAUUAAUGGCAGUAUUUGAGUAGAAUGGUAAUAUAAGGUUGAAUUCAAUCAAACCCACAUUAUAGUAUUUCCAGUUCUGGAGUCUAUAUAAUACAGCAUAUGUGAUUGAGGCUACUGAAUAAACAAGAUGAAUCACAAUAGACAGAUUUGAUUCAAUCUGUCCCUUUGUCAGGCUACCACAGUGGAGCACAGCCAUCACUAUGAAGGGAUCUUGCUGACUACAUUAUGUUCAUUUUCAGAAUUAAGGACAAAUUGAGAGAGGAUUUGAAAUUAAAAUGUAUUGGUCACAGACACAUAUUUAGUAGAUGUUGUUGCCGGUGUAGCGAAAAGCUCCAAUGGUGCAGUAGGAUCUACACAUACAUCUAAAAAAUCAAAUGGAAUUAAGAAAUAUAUCAAAUUUAGGAUGAGCUUUGUCGGAGUGGCAUUGACCAAAAUCCAGUGUAUACAUAUGAAAUGAGUAAAACACGAUGUAAACAUUAAAGUGUUCCAUGGGUACUUUGGCCUUGUACUUAAAGAUGGGGAUCGAUGUUCAAGUUGAUCCUUAAUGUGUGGGUGCUACAUUGAGCUACCGAUUACUACUGUUCAUUAGUGUUGAUACGCAACCAUGAAUGGAGCUCUAUGCUCUAGUUAAGAGGUUGUUAGGGUGCAGCUGAAAUGGCACCCUAAGUAAUGCACUGUAGGGAAUAGGAUGCCAUUUCAGAUGCAGUUGAGUUUCCAUUUCUUAACUAGUCAUUCUAGCUGUUAUGAGUCUGACAACCAAAUAUCUCAUCCUCAUAGGUCAUUCCAUAUUCAUCUAUUUGUUCAUCAACUUCUAUUUUUGUGAGUAAAAUUCUAUACCCCCCCAGCAUUUCUGGGUUUGUCUCAGUGAGCAUGAUGAUGUUGCGAUGAUUGGGUUUGUCUCAGUGAGCAUGAUGAUGUUGCGAUGAUUGGGUUUGUCUCAGUGAGCAUGAUGAUGUUGCGAUGAUUGGGUUUGUCUCAGUGAACAUGAUGAUGUUGUGAUGAUUGGGUUUGUCUCAGUGAGCAUGAUGAUGUUGUGAUGAUUGGGUUUGUCUCAGUGAGCAUGAUGAUGUUGUGAUGAUUGGGUUUGUCUCAGUGAGCAUGAUGAUGUUGUGAUGAUUGGGUUUGUCUCAGUGAGCAUGAUGAUGUUGCGAUGAUUGUGGACUUCUGUAUGCAAGGUCAACGCAUGGCUCUGACACAGCAACACAACACGUGCAUAGAGGAGCUGUCUUGUCAUCAGGAAACAGGGAUUAUAACACAGAUGCAAAGAACAUUGCUGUGGAUGACAUGGAGAUUAGGGUUAGGGCAAACUAUGCACAGUAGUCUUAUGACUGAAGGACAACACAAACAGCACCGGAAUGAUGGCUGGCUGUGUAAAGCUGUUCUGCCAAUGUUUGUCUUUCGCACUUGCCCAUGCAAGAAGUUAAGAAGAUUUAAAGCUAUAGGAAGAUGGGCUCGUUGUAAUGGUUGGAAUGGAAUUAAUGGAACGGAGUCAAACAUAUGGAAACCACGUGUUUGUCUCCAUUCCAUUAAUUCCAGUCCAUUCCAAUGAGCCCGUCCUUCUAUAGCUCCUCCCAUCAGCCUCCACUGGUAUUUAUGUUCUUAAAAGGUUAUGACAUGCACGUUUCCUCAGCAAUCCACUGCUGAUAACGUCAACAAUCAACUCUUAUUUCAUACUUGUCUCUUCAUGGAAUUAUGCAAAUAUUCAUGCUAGACUAGAUAGUGAGACAAGAUUAACAGAAGGGAUCCGUUUUUUAGACACAGAUUAGUCCAGGACUAAAAAGCAUUCUCCGUCUCAAUGGACAUUCUCCUUUCAAAUAGGUUUUUAUUCCAGAACUAAGCUUAAUCUGUGUCUGGGAAACAGCCCUUAGAUGAGUGCAGCCCAUCGUCAAGUGUGAGGUGUCUUGGAGAAAGUGUGUACCCUUGUGUCCUGUGCACCGCUUGUGAUUGGAUAAUCAGUAUGGAAACUAUGCAUUCGUUGCACAGUUUGUGUUGAAGUCUGUUAAUCGUUGUGUCAUCCCAUAGAAAUCUAUUUAAAUAAGGGUUUUUAUUUGUUUUAAAUCUACUAUCACUCACUAAAUGAAUCUUGAAGCCAUUAGUAUGUUUGUAGAUUUUCAGAGCAUGUCUACAUUUUUUGGUAUUUUUUGUAUUUUGUGUUCUGUAUAGGGUAGCAUAAUCAAGUGGUGAAUGCAAUACCUAAUUAUGAUCGUUAUUCAUUAGAAAAAUAGUUGGACAUUUUUCUGACCAUUUUUCUUCAGUGUUGACAGUUAUUAUUAGUACAGUACACUAUAACCUCAGGAAAUGUACAUUUCAGUUUUAUCCGUGCAUUUUUUUGGUGUUGCUUUAAUAGCAGAUUUUUUUUUACUCCACUCAUUUUUAUGUUCAUUUAAACAGUUGUUAUACCACACAUUUUUAUAAUUAUAUACGUUUUGAAAAUGUUCUAGUCAAUAGUAUUUCAUAUAUUUAAUAUUAAAUGCAGCUUCAAAAUUAUAUUUCAAUAAAACACUUGUUUCUGAAAUCAUACAUCACAUGUCAAUAGAUAUAUUUUGUGUGUAUUAAUUUGUGUUGUUUCCUUUGUUGCUCACUUUAAUUAAGAGUAUGGAAGAAAUGGAUGUGUACAGUAUAUGUCUUAGAGCCAUCGUAGAUGUACAGUAGACCCUACUCCUACCACAAUACCAUGUAGUUGUAUUUUAAACUGGAAUGUCAUCCUCCAACAUGUUUUUUUUUUACACCAUAUUUUGUUUUUAAAUCAAAUUCCUCAUCUAAGAGACGGACCACCCCCAUUUUAAUACUAGUAAGUAGUGUGUCAGCAGUAUUAACUUUGUUGCCAAAAAAUCUCCCAGCACUUCAGGAAAAUAACAUUGCUAUUUUGUUUACAUGACAUGAUGUUGUCAACUGUCUAUUUGAUCCUAAUUAUGCUCUAAAAUAUUGUCAUCAUUCCCCUCCUUUAAUUCCUCUUGUGAAAUUACAGUAUAAUAAAACUUAAUUACGCACUUA